UGUAACAUGGGGGGAAGCUGCCGCCGGCUCAACCCGCGAUGCGAAGUGAAUCACGCGCGCCGAGCUCGGGCCGGGGGUCUGCGGCCCAUAUGAUUGUCCGGCCGCGCAGGACAGGUUAGGGGAACAGAUUAUCACGGGGGCUCGGGGCAGAAGGGCCUCGAACCCGAAUCCAAGGCCUGUGUGCACCGUCCAGGCCGCCAGCGCCCCUCCUCCGCGGCGUGGGCGGAGCGAGGGGGCGGAGCGGGGUGGAGCCACCGCUUUUUUCUCUGGAGUUCGCGCGCCCCGAGCCCUAGCCGUCCGCUGCAGUUCCAGCCGACUCUGAGCCGCUCACCACGAUGGAGGCCGCAACCGAGUUCGUGGUGGAGAGCCCCGACGUGGUCUACAGCCCCGAGGCUAUCGAGGCGAAGUACGAGUACAGGACGACGUGCGUCAGCCGCGAGGGUGGCGUCCUCAAAGUGCAUCCCACGUCCACGCGCUUCACUUUCCGGACCGCCCGGCAGGUGCCCCGGCUGGGGGUCAUGCUCGUCGGCUGGGGCGGGAACAACGGCUCCACGCUGACCGCUGCCGUGCUGGCCAACCGACUGCGCCUGUCCUGGCCUACGCGCACCGGCCGCAAGGAGGCCAACUACUACGGCUCGCUGACACAGGCUGGCACCGUUAGCCUAGGCCUGGACGCCGAGGGCCAAGAGGUGUUCGUGCCCUUCAGCGCGCUGCUGCCCAUGGUGGCACCCGACGAUCUCGUUUUCGACGGCUGGGACAUAUCGUCGCUGAACCUGGCGGAGGCGAUGAGGCGCGCGCAGGUACUAGAUUGGGAGCUGCAGGAGCAACUGUGGCCGCACAUGGAGGCCUUGCGCCCGCGGCCGUCGGUCUACAUCCCGGAGUUCAUCGCAGCUAACCAGAGCGCGCGCGCUGACAACCUCAUCCCGGGCACGCGCGCGCAGCAGCUGGAGCAGAUCCGCAGGGACAUCCGUGAUUUCCGGUCCAACGCUGGCCUGGACAAAGUCAUUGUGCUGUGGACAGCGAACACAGAGCGCUUCUGCGAAGUGGUGCCCGGCCUCAAUGACACUGCUGACAACCUGCUGCGCACCAUCCAGCUGGGCCUGGAAGUGUCGCCCUCCACGCUCUUCGCCGUCGCCAGCAUCUUGGAGGGGUGCGCCUUCCUCAACGGGUCCCCACAGAACACACUAGUGCCUGGUGCCCUCGAGCUCGCGUGGCAGCGCCGCGUCUUUGUGGGUGGAGACGACUUCAAGUCCGGCCAGACCAAGGUCAAGUCUGUGCUCGUGGACUUCCUUAUCGGUUCUGGCUUAAAGACCAUGUCCAUCGUGAGCUACAACCACCUGGGCAACAACGACGGGCAGAACCUGUCAGCGCCGCCACAGUUCCGCUCCAAAGAAGUGUCCAAGAGCAGUGUGGUGGAUGACAUGGUGCACAGCAACCCAGUGCUCUACAAGCAGGGCGAGGAGCCAGACCACUGCGUGGUCAUCAAGUACGUGCCAUACGUGGGCGACAGCAAGCGUGCCCUGGAUGAGUACACAUCGGAGCUGAUGCUGGGCGGUACCAACACGCUGGUGCUGCACAACACGUGCGAGGACUCGCUCCUGGCCGCGCCCAUCAUGCUGGACCUGGCGCUGCUGACCGAACUCUGCCAGCGCGUGAGCUUUUGCACGGACGCCGACCCGGAGCCGCAGACCUUCCACCCGGUGCUGUCGCUGCUCAGCUUCCUCUUCAAGGCGCCGCUUGCACCGCCCGGCAGCCCCGUGGUCAACGCGCUCUUCCGCCAGCGCAGCUGCAUCGAGAACAUCCUCAGGGCCUGCCUGGGGCUCCCGCCGCAGAACCACAUGCUUCUGGAGCACAAGAUGGAGCGCCCUGGCCUCAAGCAUGUUGGGCUUGUGACUGCUGCUUGCUCCCUGCCUUGCAAGAAAGGACCAGCGCCCACCACCAAUGGUUGUACUGGCGACGCCAACGGGCACCCGCAAGCUGAGGCACCCCAGAUGCCCACCACCUAAGGCCAUGGCCACGUGGUUCUUCCUUAACUCCUGCCCCUGUUGCUCCUCGGGCGCCAACCCUUUCUAGGCCCCUCAAAGACAAUAAAACCAGUGCCUGUAUAUCA